AUGAUCAUAGGAUUCGACGGCACCCCCUGCUAUCAACCUUCCGAGAACUGCCCCAUCAAAUAUGCUUACUGGAAGUACCGCCCAUCCCUGGCUAUCAACGCCACCUUCACCGCCAUCUUCAGCCUAUCCUUGAUCGCUUUCGUCAUCCAAAGCACUGCUGGCAAGAAAUGGCUUGCAUUCACUAUUGCCAUGGCCCUGGGCUGCAUGGUUGAGAUCAUCGGCUAUGUUGGACGUAUACUAGCCCAUCAAGAUGCAUUUGAAGAGGGUCCCUUUCUCGUCCAAAUCGUCUGCCUGACCAUCGGCCCGGCCUUUCUCGCCGCAGGAAUCUACUUGUGUCUCUCCGUUAUUGUCGUCACCAUUGAUUCCCGAAACUCACGCAUCAAGCCCAUGUCGUAUCCGAAAAUCUUUAUUCCAUGCGACGUCAUCUCCCUCAUACUCCAGGCCGUUGGAGGUGGCAUGACGAGUGUGGCUCUGCACAACAAUGAAGACACAGCAACCGGCACUAACAUUAUGAUUGCCGGUCUCGGCUUCCAAGUUGCAACAAUGCUCGCCUUCAUCUUACUGGCUGUUGACUUUGCCUGGCGGACGUAUCGGAACCGUGUAGUCCUUAUACAGACUGUCACCCCUUAUCACCACCAGCCAAGUCUCAACCCAUCGCCACGCUUCAAAGCCUUCCUCGUCGCCUUGUCGCUGUCGACCCUCUGCAUCUUUGCACGAUGCGUCUUUCGUGUGGCCGAGCUGAGUGACGGCUGGACAGGCAAGCUGGCUACUACUCAAAAAUACUUUGUUGGACUCGAGGGCGCCGUCGUUGCUGCUUCGGUUCUCCUCUUGAACAUCUGUCAUCCGGGAUUCUGCUUCAAAGCUGCCACAGAGCCGGGAAACGCACAGUCGGGUAACAGAACCUGGUUUUCUAGGAAGUCGAGCGCUGAUGAGAGUCAUCGCAUAGGAAGUGAUAUGAUGCUGGCCGAUCUCCGGGCCCGUGUGGCAAAAUAG